AUGGACGUCAACAGCAAUAGGUCAAAUCAUCAUCAAUCUAGCAAACCACGGCAUAUAUCUAGGUUAAAAAAGGAGAUGCUCGAGCACCGCAUUCAGCACAAUCCCUUCAGCUCCCCGCCAUCCUCCACAGGUUCCCACGAUACUGUUAGCACCACGACCGAGGAACUCACCCGAAAUCUCUCCAAUUUUUCUUUCAGUCCGGACGGCGAGGGCACCCGCCGGCUCAGCGAAGACUUCACCAACCCGGCCAAGAGGCAGGCUACCCGAUCUGGCCGGUUCGGUUCCUCAAGGCAACCUCGUGAUACAAACACCGUACUUAACACCUCGGCCAUCGCGCGCACCUUCCCCGAAUGGAGCGGACUUCUCAACAACAAGACCAAUAACCAGGACAAGGACACGGCGACGCUGACCCAGACGUUCGACUUUGCCGGAGUAAUAAAGCCUCUCACAAACGGAGCCAACGGUGGGAAGGAGAAUGUCCCCCCCGCCAGAGAGGUCACCGAGGAGCAGACUUUUGACAACCCAUUGGACUCGAGGAAAAAACGAACCCGGGCUGAUAUGCAGGCCCGUGUCGAAAAUGAAUCUGAAUGCUCUACAGUACUCUCAUUAUCGAUGUCUCCAGGUCGGCAUGGGCGCCGGUCCCGUUUCCAGAACCUGGAUGGUGUCAUGUCUCCUGAGGCCCCCAAAAGGUCUAUCCAAGAUAUGGUUUCCAAGAUCCGCACCGAAAAGCAGAACAGCCGGCGCGACAUGACGCCACGAAAGUAUUUGAUGAGGGAACCUUCUGCUGCACAGCCCAACCCCGACACUCUCCAAGGCCAGAGUUUCGAAGAAGGCCGUUCGUUUUUCCUACCGGGCUUCCGACACCUUCCUGAUUGGACAUCCGGUACUCUCAAGUUCAGCACCAUGCAGAACGGCGUUCCUGUUUUCGUCAAGUCCAAGACUGGUGUUAGGUUUGACCAGUCGACGAAUGGUCACGGCGUUCUCAACUCUGUGAGCAUUCCGGAGGAGGACGCAGAAAUCUUUGUGUCAAUGGAUAAGCUCCAAGAUGAGGUGCGCGAACUCCAGGAUCACGACGCUAUGCUCCAGCGUGAGGCAGAGAAGUUGCAGCGCGAGGUGAACCAUCUCCAGUCUGAGCUCAAGAGGUUCAAGAGUAGGCACCCUUCGGACAGCGCUAUCGGCUCUGACACGGACGGUUCCUUUAGGCGCAGCAAUGGGCAUGACCAGGAAUUAGAGGGUCAGAUUCAGGAGCUGCGGGAUCGUCUCAACCAUGCGAGUCAGCAAGUUGGUAUAAAUGAUAUCCACAGCGCCGCGCUCUCUGCUGAGCGUGAUGAGGCGUUGCGUCAGGCAUCGAUCGCUCGCGAGAGGGCUGCUAAACUGCAAGCUGAGCUGGAGGCAUCACAGAAGGAUCUCCAGUACUCGCUGCAGUUCCGUCAGGAUAAAGAGUCAUUGCAGCUUGAGAAUGGCAUGCUCAUGUCUGAGGCCGAGGUCAUGCAAAAACAACGGGAUGAGGCCAUGCAUGACAAUGCGACUUUGAUAGCAGAGAAUGAUAGGCUUCGCAGGGAACUAGCUGGGGUUCGGAAGGACCUCAAGGCUACUCGUGAGGAGCUUGCCUCGGUUCGCAAGCAAUACGAGGCUCUGAAGGAGGAAAGGAAGAUGUUUGUCGAUGAUCACAAAAGUAUGGAACGGAACAAUGACACCUACUUCAAGGAGAACAAGAAGCUUCAGGCACAGGUUGCCGCCCGGGACCAGCACAUCACUGAUCUUAAGAAGGGUAUCAGCGCCCGUGACAAGAUCAUUGAUAGCAUGCAGGGUCUGACCACGGAUACCGCUGUGCUUCAGUUGAAUGCGGACCUCGAGGUGGAAUUGGAACGUCUUACCAACCAGAUGGAGGAGCUCAAGGACGACAUUCACGAGAAAGACAGCCACCUCAACGACAAGGAGACCCGUAUCCGUACGUUGAAGGAUGAUAACAUGGAGAUUUCCAUCGACAACGAGCGCCUCAAGGAUGAGAACCGGCGUUUGCGGGAGGAACAGAAGGAGAUUGAAGACCAGUGGGUGGACGAACGGCAAAAGGUCGUUCGGCUGAGCCAGAUGCUGAACAGCAAGUCAUUGAACGACAAUGAGGAUUGUGUGCGCUUGGGAGAUGAUUUCAGGAUCAAGGAAGCCGAGCUCCAGCGCAAGCUUGAUCGCCGGGAAGCCGCCGUUAGGAAGGUCAAGCUGCUCACCGCCAAGAUUGCCGAGAUUGCUGAGCAGGAGUUUACGGCGCUUGCGAUGAGGACGACCAAGGUCAAGGUUGUUGAUCCUAAGGAUGUGGAUGACUUCACUGGUAAGAGCAGCAACAUGCACAUCGACGAGGAUCCCACAACCGAACUCCACAUGAACGCCCAAGACACGGACUUUGCCAGUGUCAUGGAGGGCGAGCUUGCUAAGCUCAAGCAGACAUAUCAGGACCUUCAGCGUCGACAGCAGCAAGGCGAUACCCAGCAGUUUACCGACUACUCUUUACCCCAGCUGCCUAGUCUUCAGCGGAGCAAAUCUGACAGUGUUGUUUCAUCCAAGAUUGCUCAACCGCUUCCUGGUAUCCUUAAGAAGUCUAGUCAGUUUGCCCCGUUGGAGGAAGACACCGGUCGGUUCAGCGUGCGGUCAGCUAUGAGCUUUGCCAGCCCGCUCGACGACGAGUCUGUUCAGAUCACGCAGAACAACACCCGCCGGUCUGUUGCGAGUGAGGCCACCCGGCCGGAGUCUAGGAUGCGCCGGAACUCAGAGAACACCACGACUCAACAGCAACAGCACACAGGGACGGUAGAGCCCAACAUGACUUCUGCGUUUUUCAUGCCUGACAUAACCCUGUCCGGCCGGAACAAACAGCAGCAAGCUGCCUCCUCGAAGCAACAAAGCAACGUCCCCUCCCUCAGCAAAGACGCCCGGCGCGUGUUGGAUGGUAUCUGCAACCACAAAUCAGGCAACUGCAACGUCUGUGUCCGCAUCGCGGCGCAUGGUGCCUCGGCCAAGGAAACUACCCAAAACCUUUCGUCGACCAAACUUCAACUCUCAGUCGAAGAACUCAAACGCGGCAAGAAGACCGUCUCAGUAGAGAAGCCCGUCCCGGCCUCGGACAGGUACUACACCGACGAGCCGACCAUGCGCCCCUCGAUGUCACCGGGGGAAGCCCUCGCUAUUCUGAUCAAGGAGACCCAAGACGAGAUUGAGCACUUGCAGAUGGAGCUCAAGAGGGUGAAUGAGGGGUAUUUCUCGUUGGACAAGUCGGUGGGUGCGAGGGAGAGGAAGAGGUUGAUGGGGGAGAUGAAGAGGUUGCAGGGGGAGCUGGAGGCGAAGAGCGGGCAGCUGUACCGGUUGCACGAUGUGCUUGAGGGGCAGAAGCAGGCUGGGCAAGUUAUGGAGGGGGAGGUGGUUGAUGUUACGGUGCUGGAGGGGCUGCCGGUGAGGGUUGAGGGGGGGGGGAGGACGGAAAGUGUUUUUGAAGGGUUUGAGUAA